AAGAAAAAGGAGAGAAAUAAAAGCAAAAAAAAAAAAAAAAAAUGCAAAGCGCCCUGACCGUGGCAACUUUAUAUUCUUAAGCGAGAGGAGCAAGCAGAGCAAAGUAAUUCGCGUUAUGUUGCAAUGAGCGAUAAAUCGACAAUGGCGGCAAUGUCCCCGUCGAAGCGAAGGCUACAGAAGGAGUUAACAUCUUUAAUACGUGAACCUCCGCCAGGUGUACAUGUCGAUGAAGAUCUUACUAGUCAAAAUUUAACGCAAUGGAUUGUUCACAUGGAAGGUGCAAAAGGCACCUUGUACGAAGGCGAACAAUUUCAAUUGCAAUUUAGAUUCAGCUCCAAAUAUCCUUUUGAUUCACCGGAAGUGACUUUCAUAGGUGGAAAUAUACCAAUACAUCCACAUAUUUAUAGCAAUGGGCAUAUCUGUUUAUCCAUUUUAACAGAAGAUUGGUCUCCUGCUUUGAGUGUACAAAGCAUUUGUUUAAGUAUUGUAUCAAUGUUGAGCAGUUGUAAAGAAAAGAAAAGGCCACCUGAUAAUUCCUUUUAUGUUAAAACAUGCAGUAAAAAUCCAAAGAAGACAAAGUGGUGGUAUCAUGAUGACAAUGUGUAACAGCAACUGCAAAAGUUAUUAACAACUUGUCAAUAUGCAGUUAAUGCUGGACCAAGUGGAAUAACAUUUUUUGUGUCUUAAAAUUAUUAUUAAAGUUUCAUAGACAAAAUUGCUGAAGUAAUUUUAUCACGUAUUUAAAGAAUUAGAUGCAUAAGUUAGAGAACAAAAAAGGAAAAAAAAAAGAAAAAACAAAGGCUGCAUAUUACUUAUUAUUAUAAUAAAGGAGUGAUGUAAAAUGCGUGAGUUAUCAAGUUAUAAAUUAUUAUGAUGUUAUUAUAAAUGAUACAUAUUAUCCCACAGUUGAAUAGAAAAAGCAUAAAUUACAAAAUGCAAAAAAUGCAGCCAAGGAGAGUGCAUAAUACUAACAAGCAAUGAAAGUGUUUCAUUAUUUGUGUAGAAAAUGCACUAUAGAAUGGUAUCAAAUUAAUAUAUUACAAUAAUCAUUAUUAAAAUAGUAUUCUUAAAAAUAUAGAUUAUGCUUGUUAUCUUGUUUAUUUAUGUAUUCAUAUCUCACUAUAUCAGUUUAGACAAAAAAAAAUGUAAGCAAUUACUUUAACUGAAUAUUGCGGUGUGCAAUCUAAAUUAACUAUAAGCAUAAAUAUAUAUCUGAAUGUACAAUAUUACUUAAUUCUAUGUUUCUGGAGGCAAUCAGAAUGCUGUUCACUAUUUUUUAAACUGGAAUAUGCUAAGUUGCACAUAAUGUCAUUAGAAUUCUGACAUGUAUUAUUAUUGAUCAAUAAAACUCAUCCUUUUAUAGAAUAAUGUGAAAA